CGGCUGAAGGGUCUGCACGUGCCGAACCAGUCCGGGGGCUCCAUGGAGACCGCCCCGGAGCCCGGCGGGGACGUCCCACCCAAGAAAAGCAAGCUUCGGGUCCAGAGGAAGCAGCCCACGCUGUCCUCCUGUCCCCAGGCCCAGGACCCAUUCCCAGGCCCUGCCCCUGUGCCUGCAGAGGCCGCCGGCAAAUUUCGCCGAAUAAACAAAUCCAAGCAGCUACCCCAUGCUAAGGCCCAGACCCGAAGCCGACCCCAUGCGAAGGCCCAGACCCGAAGCCGACUUGAAGUGGCCGAAGCUGAGGAGGAAGAAACCAGCCUGCGAGCUGCCCGGUCAGCCUUGCUGCUCGCAGAGGAGCCCGGGUUUUUGGAGGGCGAGGAUGGGGAGGACACAGCAAAAGUCCGUCAGGCGGACAUCGUGGAGGCUGUGGACAUUGCAAGUGCAGCCAAGCACUUUGAUUUAAAUCUGCGGCAGUUCGGACCCUACAGGCUGAGUUACUCUCGAACUGGGAGACACCUAGCUUUUGGAGGGCGCCGGGGCCAUGUGGCCGCCCUCGACUGGGUGACCAAGAAGCUGAUGUGCGAGAUCAACGUCAUGGAGGCUGUGCGGGACAUCCGGUUUCUACACUCGGAGGCCCUGCUUGCUGUUGCUCAGAACCGUUGGCUUCACAUCUACGACAACCAAGGCAUCGAGCUCCACUGCAUCCGACGCUGUGACCGGGUCACAAGGCUGGAGUUCCUGCCCUUCCACUUCCUCCUGGCCACAGCCUCAGAGACAGGGUUCCUGACCUACCUGGAUGUGUCAGUGGGGAAGAUUGUGACAGCGCUGAAUGCUCGCGCUGGACGCCUGGAUGUCAUGACUCAGAACCCUUACAACGCCGUCAUCCACCUGGGACACAGCAACGGUACUGUGUCUCUGUGGAGUCCAGCCCUGAAGGAGCCACUGGCCAAGAUUCUCUGUCAUCGUGGGGGGGUCCGGGCUGUGGCCGUAGAUUCCUCAGGCACGUACAUGGCCACCUCUGGCCUGGACCACCAGCUGAAGGUCUUUGACCUGCGAGGGACGUUUCAGCCUCUGAGCGCGCAGACCCUACCCCAGGGAGCAGGGCAUCUGGCCUUCUCCCAGCGAGGACUGCUGGCUGCGGGGAUGAGCGAUGUGGUCAACAUAUGGGCAGGGCAGGGCAAGGGCAGCCUGCCCUCCCUGCAGCAGCCCUACCUGACCCACCGACUCUCCGGCCAAGUACAUGGCCUUCAGUUCUGCCCCUUUGAAGAUGUGCUGGGGGUGGGGCACAGUGGGGGCAUCACCAGCAUGCUGGUCCCUGGGGCUGCCGAGCCCAACUUUGACGGCCUGGAGAGUAACCCGUACAGGAGCCGGAAGCAGCGCCAGGAAUGGGAGGUGAAGGCCCUGCUGGAGAAGGUGCCCGCCGAGCUCAUUUGUCUGGACCCACGGGCCCUGGCGGAGGUCGAUGUCGCCACUCUGGAGCAGCAGAAGAAGGAGCGGAUAGAGAGACUGGGCUACGACCCCGAGGCCAAGGCGCCCUUCCAACCGAAGCCCAAGCAGAAAGGCCGCAGCUCCACGGCCAGCCUGUUGAAGAGGAGGAAGAAGGUCCUGGACGAGGAGCACCGGGACAAGGUCCGCCAGAGCCUCCAGCAGCAGCAGAAGCAAAAGAAGGCCAAGCCUGAGGGGGCCCGGCCGUCCGCGCUGGACAGAUUUGUGCGUUGAACCUGCCCUGCCCUCUCCUGGUGACGUGGAACACGUUUCUCCCCAGGAUCCUGUGGGGGCAACCUGGUUCCUGGGAGGGGGGAAGACUGGUGGCAGGGUGCCCUGCCCAGCCAGCACAGCCAGCUGGCUCCAGGGGGUUACAUUAAAGAGGUGACUUUUUUCUUUUGUCUUUUG